AUUCCUGACUCCAAGUGAAUUUUCUCCCAAUAUCGAGCUACAGGUUUGAGAACAGCUUAAGAAUGGCCGUCGCUAUCAUGGGUUUCGGGAGGGUGAAUAUCUUUUCCCGAACGAUGAGACUGAGCAAGCCCGCAUGGACAUGCUCCAUCAUAUCUAUCGUCUCAUGCUAGGAGGUGACCUUUAUAAAGCCCCGAUUCCCCAGUCCUCACAAUGCAUCUUGGAUAUUGGCAGCAAAGUCGUAUACUUUUUUUCGAAAGCUCAAAAAGAAUUUAAGGAGACGAAAAGACAAACUUUAUGUUUACACGCACUUCAUCUACGGACGGAAGCCUAGUUGCCCGAGCCAACAAUUUUAUUGACUGAGUUUUGUGCUCAACUUAAAAAUGGCUUGUCACCUUAUGAGAGUUUGAACCUUAUGGUGCACUUCCUCUCAUUUCGCUCACUCGGAUACUAUCGUGACGGAAACUUAUAUGGGCCCAAGGAAAUGGCAAGCCAAAGGCCUUGCAGAGCUACAGUACCAGACUGUUUAUACUGACUAAAUUAGUCGAGUUGCUUAAACUG